UCUCGGUCGUGAUUCUGUUGAACCGUCUGUUCACUGGCGCUAUUUUUGUUUUACGUCGGUGCGCGCAUUUUAGACAUUAUUUUUUUUAUAUUUGUUGACUUUCUGAAGUGUGUUUUUGCUUGCUUUGUUACGCGCGCACUCCUUCGGGAUAUCGCUGUGCGUAAUUACGCGUUACUCGCGUCUGGGAACUCCUUUACGCACAGCAUCAGCGCUUUCGGCUGGACUUUAGAUCAUCAUCAUCAUCAUCUCUGGCUGCUGUGUCUGAGGAGGAGGAGGAUGAUGGGUUCAGUGUGACAGUCAGGGCUGUAAGAUGCAGAAGAGCGUGCGUUAUAAUGAAGGGCACGCGCUCUAUCUGUCCAUGGUAGCGCGUAAAGAGGGAAUCAAACGCGGGUUCUUGAGUAAAAAAGCCGCAGAAAACAACCGCUGGAACGAGAAGUACUUCGCGCUUUACCAGAAUGUGCUGUUUUGCUUUGAGAACGAGCAGAGCACCAGACCAUCAGGGAUUUAUUUGCUGGAGGGAUGCACCUGCGAGAGGAUCCCGGCGCCCAAAGUGUCCACCGUCGGGAAAGAGAGUUCAGAUAAACAGCAGAUUGUCGUUCUGAAUAAAACACAAGAGCGAAUGUUGCCCUAUCAGUCCAAUCAAGAGGAAGAAGUUCCAGAUAUCAAGAAAAUCAAGAAGGUGCAAAGCUUCAUGCGUGGUUGGCUGUGCAGAAGGAAGUGGAAGAUCAUCGUGCAGGACUACAUCUGCUCACCUCACGCCGAGAGCAUGAGAAAGAGAAACCAGAUCGUCUUUAACAUGGUGGAGGCCGAGACGGAGUACGUGCUCCAGCUCUCCAUCCUGGUCAACUGCUUCCUGCGGCCGCUCAGGAUGGCGGCCAGCUCCAAAAAACCCCCCAUUAGUCAUGACGAUGUCAGCAGCAUCUUCCUCAAUAGUGAGACGAUAAUGUUUCUCCAUGAGAUAUUCCAUCAAGGCUUGAAGGCUCGGAUAGCCAACUGGCCAACUUUAUUGUUAGCGGAUCUCUUCGACAUCUUGCUGCCGAUGCUGAACAUUUAUCAGGAGUUUGUGCGAAACCAUCAGUACAGUUUGCAGGUUCUGGCCAACUGUAAACAGAACCGGGACUUUGACAAGCUUCUGAAGCAGUAUGAAGCCAACGCCGCCUGUGAGGACCGAAUGCUGGAAACCUUCCUCACCUACCCCAUGUUUCAGAUCCCGCGGUACAUCAUCACCCUUCAUGAGCUCCUCGCCCACACGCCUCAUGAACAUGUGGAGCGCAAGAGUCUGGAGUUUGCCAAAUCCAAACUUGAGGAACUGUCCAAAAUGAUGCACGAUGAAGUGAGUGACACAGAAAACAUCCGUAAGAAUCUGGCGAUCGAGCGAAUGAUUGUGGAGGGCUGUGAUAUUCUGCUGGACACCAGUCAGACGUUUGUACGGCAGGGCUCUCUGAUUCAGCUGCCCUCCGUGGAGAAGGGUAAACUGAGUAAGGUGCGUCUGGGCUCGCUGUCGCUCAGGAAAGAAGCCGAACGCCAGUGUUUCCUGUUCACCAAACACUUCCUCAUCUGCACACGCACCUCCGGCGGCAAACUGCACCUGCUCAAACAGGGAGGCAUGUUGUCUCUGAUAGAGUGUGCGCUUAUCGAGGAGCUGGACGCCAAUGAUGAAGACUAUAAUGCUGCUGGUCAGGGAUUCAAUCGUCUGGAGUUUAAAAUAGUGGUUGAACCUGCUGAUGGUCCGUCGUUUGCAGUCGUUCUGCUCGCUCCGUCUCGGCAGGAGAAAGCAGCCUGGACCAGCGACAUGAGCCAGUGCAUUGACAACAUUCGCUGCAAUGGCUUGAUGACCAGCGUGUUUGAGGACAACUCCAAAGUCACCGUGCCGCACAUGAUCAAGUCUGACGCCCGACUGCAUAAAGACGAUGUGGACAUCUGCUUCAGUAAGACGCUGAACUCCUGCAAGGUGCCACAGAUCCGUUACGCCAGCGUGGAGAGACUCCUGGAACGGCUGACCGACCUGCGCUUCCUGUCCAUCGACUUCCUCAACACCUUCCUCCACACCUACCGCAUCUUCACCACCGCUGCUGUCGUCAUGGACAAACUCUCCGACAUCUACAAGAAACCCUUCACGUCUUUACCGGUCAGGGCUCAGUAUCAGUCGUCCGACCGUUUGUCCAUCACCUCCAUCUGUCCAGACUACAGCCUGAAGAUCACAAGGCUUGCACUGGACCAGUCCAAGUCCCUCGAGCGUUUCUUCGCCACAAACCAAGGCCCCUGGAGCGGAGAGCACCUGAACAACAAAUCCCCCAAUCUGUCUCGCAAGUUCUCUUCUCCUCUGCCCGUCUCCAUCCCCUCGCGCACCUCUUCCCCCAUCCACCCGCGGAAGCUGUCCCUCAGCUCUCCUGUGAGCUGUAAGGGUGGAGCUCUGGACCUGUCGACGGCCACUUCUUCUGCGGCCAGCAGCCCGAUGUCUCCCUACACCCCCGGCAUCACCUCCCCUCCACCCACCUGCACCAGGGCCCCUCUGGACCUCAGCCGGGGCCCCAGCUCCCCCGAGCUCAGCCCCUCCACCCCAGAGGAGAGCGGGGAGCUGCCACGUAUAGAUGCCUUCUGUGGGAAGCUGCGACGGAGUAUUCGACGAGCUGUACUGGAGUCAGUAUCAUUGGAUAAGUUCAUUCCUGAGACGACCACGUCCAGUGAUUCAGGAGACAUGUCUCCAUGUCGUUCACCGUCCACCCCGCGACACCUCCGCUACCGAAUGUCUGCAGGUCAGUCUCCCGAUAGCUCCCGCUGUGCCGUGUCCCCCGCGUCCGCCUUCGCCACCGCCACCGCCGCAGCUGGACACAGCAGCCCGCAAGGAUUUACCAACCCUGAGAAAUCCUACGACAAGGAGUUCCUCAUCCGCAGGGCCGCUACCAACAGGGUGCUCAACGUCCUGCGCCACUGGGUUUCCAAACACUCGCAGGACUUUGAGAUGAACGCAGAGCUGACGACGGCUGUGAUCGCUCUGCUGGAGGAGGUGCUGCGAGAUCCAGAUCUUCUGCCGCAGGAGAGGAAGGCCGCAGCUAACAUACUGAGUGCACUUUCUCAAGAAGAACAAGAUGAUUCACAGCUGAAGAUUGAGGACAUUGUGCACAUGUCCGACUGUCCAAGAGUCGAAUGCUUUGAGUCGCUGUCGGCGAUGGAACUAGCAGAACAAAUCACUCUACUGGACCAUAUUGUGUUCUGGAAUAUUCCAUACGAGGAGUUUCUUGGUCAAGGCUGGAUGAAAACGGACAAAAACGAAAAGACUCCAUACAUUAUGAAGACCAGUCAGCACUUCAAUAAUAUGAGUAAUCUGGUAGCGUCUCAGAUCAUGGCUCCUGCAGACGUGAGCUCCAGAGCCGCAUCCAUUGAGAAGUGGCUAGCCGUGGCUGAUAUAUGUCGCUGUCUCAACAACUACAACGGCGUGUUAGAGAUCACAUCCGCACUGAACCGCAGCGCCAUCUACAGGCUAAAGAAAACGUGGGCCAAGGUUUGCAAACAGACCAAGGCACUUAUGGACAGAUUGCAGAAGAUAGUUUCAUCUGAAGGGAGGUUUAAGAAUUUACUCAGCAGCUGUAACCCUCCAUGUGUGCCCUAUCUGGGCAUGUACCUGACGGAUUUGGCGUUUAUCGAGGAGGGAACGCCCAACUUCACAGAGGAGGGUCUCGUCAACUUCUCUAAAAUGAGGAUGAUCUCACACAUAAUACGAGAGAUCCGACAGUUUCAGCAGGCGCCCUACAGGAUUGAUCUGCAACCCAAGGUAACACAGUUCCUCCUCGACAAGACUCUUGUAAUGGACGAGGACACACUUUAUGAAUUAUCUCUUAAGAUUGAGCCAAGACUCCCUCCUGCCAACUAAACCUAAUGAUAAUGUUUACAACCAGACUCAGAUAUCAAAAAAACUUUUUAUAGUCAGUUUGUGGGAAUCUAAACUUGCAUCUGAACUGAAGUCUGUCCACUAUAGAAACGACAACCUAUCCAUAUAUUACUUUCAUUCAAUUUUGUAUCAUCUUUUUUUUUUUUUUUGCUGUAAACUCAGGUUUAAAUGUGCCUUUUUGUAAAUAUGAUGUACAGUUUCAUAGUGCAUAUUUCUAGCAUGAUGCAUUUUAAUAAUUUGAUAUUUUUUUUACCUGAAUGCACAAUAUCAGUUAAAGUCUGAUCAUUCCUUUACUAUAAUGAGAAUGUGUAUGUGCAAACAUAUGUUCAGAUGUCAAAAAUGUGUGUGAUUUGAUGUUCGCUGGUCCAAUUUUGACAAGCAAGUUUCUCAGUCAAUCUGCCCGCAUGUAUGACAGUCAUGUCAGUACUUUGAUCCACUGGAGUUCGCUGAAAUGUCAAAGCUCAACCAAGCACGUUUACGGUUUAGCAAAAGAAAUAUAUUUUUACAUUUGUCAUUUGUUAAUAUUAGGUGUCAUCUGUUUACACAGCAUGUUGCAAUGAGGCUGCAUUUGCUCAUUUAGCAUGUUUCUGUUUGUAGAAUUUUUUUGAUAUUUUCUGGCAUGUGUGUGCAUGAAUCUGUACUUAAUCAUAUUCUUAAUUCUUCUUUAAAACAUUUUUGUCUCUAACUUUUGGAUUAACAAUAGCAGAUUUGAAGCAUUUGUUACAUAUAUUCUACACUUCAGAAAUACUGUGAUGGUACCAUGAAACAGUGACUUUUGUACACUUUUGUACUGAUUUAUUACCAUAUCUGUGUACUAUGGUAUUAUACACCUUACUCCAUACUAUGUUAUGUGCAGAAAAGAUACUUUUUGGCUGAUGCAGAAGAAGUGGUUUAUUGUUGAUUUUGAUAUGAGCAGGGAAUCAUUCACUAGUUUACAGUUUUUGGUUGUUUUCAUAAAGUUUACUCCACCCAGCUGUAUCAUGACAGUAAUUCAAUUUUACACAAAUGUUUAAGUGGGCAUUUAAGUCUGUUUUUGUACAAAGAGAAAUAGUUGUUGUUUAAUUCAAACAUAGAUUCAGCACAGUGUCCUGUUUAUUUAAUUGGGUAUAUAUUCAUUUAUUUUAACUUUUACCUGGAACUUAUUGAUGUUGUAAACAUAGGCAGCCCUGCAUUGUUGUUUUUUAUUUAAAUAAUGCUGUUGACUCAUGCACACUUUCUAAAGAAGGGUCUUUUUUCCAUAAUUGAUUUCACAUCUUUUUCAGUCAAUGACAUAAAUGUUCUGUACAUUUAUCCAUAAUGUAGCUGUAACCUUUGAAAU